AUGCGAAUCUUUCAAUCUAGGACCGGAGGUGACUUUAUUGUUUACACUCUCUCUGGAGAAAGUGGGAUUGAAGAAAAUAACCAACUAAUCACCAUCAAAAGGGAUAUGCCAGCCCAAGCGAAACGCAGCCGUUUUAGCCUGGCUUGUUUUGCAAGAAGACUAGAAGACCUUUACAAAAAGCACGAACUUCUCUCUCUUCGCAAGGCUGCUCUCUCUCUCUCUCAGACACUCGGUUUUGUUAGAUCUAAUUCUAAUCGAUCCAACAUGUUCCUGACCAGGACUGAGUAUGAUCGUGGGGUGAACACAUUUUCUCCCGAGGGUAGAUUGUUCCAGGUGGAGUAUGCAAUUGAGGCUAUCAAGCUGGGUUCAACUGCAAUUGGGAUAAAGACGAAAGACGGCGUCGUGCUGGCUGUUGAGAAGCGUAUUACUUCACCACUGUUGGAACCCAGCAGUGUUGAGAAGAUUAUGGAAAUUGAUGAGCAUAUAGGAUGUGCCAUGAGUGGGUUGAUUGCUGAUGCACGUACACUUGUCGAACAUGCACGAGUUGAGACUCAGAACCACAGAUUCUCAUAUGGUGAGCCAAUGACUGUGGAGUCCACAACACAAGCACUUUGUGAUUUGGCCCUUCGAUUUGGUGAAGGAGAUGAAGAAUCCAUGUCUCGACCCUUUGGGGUGUCUCUUCUCAUUGCUGGUCAUGAUGAGAAUGGGCCAAGCCUGUAAGUAUCAGAUAAUUUCACAAUGUGUUGGCUACCUGUGGACAUUUCUUUCAACGUAUUAG